AUGGCGACUCCGUUCGGUUCUCCCCGUGUCCCCUCGACUGUCGGUUCUUCACUAGUGACGCCAGUUGCUCGGGAUGUCGUGGAGCCCGAUGAUAGUGCCCACGCAUCUCGCUGCACUGCGCCCGCCUCGCACGCUUCGCUCGCUCGCUCUGCUUCGCUGCUUGCUUCGCCGCCUGCUGAGGACGAUCAGAGAGCUCAGCACCAUGCGCCGCCUUUGCCAUGCUCUGCUGCUGCUGCUUUCGCAACGCCUGGCACGAUGCCCGCCGGCAUGCUGCCUGCUUCUGCCACCGCUCGUGCUUUGCCUUUGUUGCCUGCCUUUUCUGCGUCCGCUGCUCCUGCUGCUUCCGCACCUACCCUUCUUCCGACCGAUCUUUCAGCUUGUCCUCUGUCCCUUCGCGGGGAUCCAGAGGGCGCUCGGGCCCUUUUUGGGUCCGGGCCGGACGGCCGUGGUCCACCGAUUUCGGACCCGGCGUCCUUCCGCCCACCGCGCCCCGAUUCCUAUGGGCCGGUGGCUGGCCGCGGUGGAGCUUCGCUCCCCGACGAGCCCAUAAGCGAGCAUCCGGGUGCACCCCAUGAUUCCGUCGCAACGAUUACCGCGGCGGGUCAUGGUGGUGCUGCCCCCGCCAUCGAUAACGGCGGGUGGCAUACCGGACCCUGUGCUGUCAGGGCCCUGGUCGAUGAAGCCAUUGGGUCGGAAGCAUCCGCGCGCAUCGCCACCGAUAUUCUGGCGAUCGCGCAGGGUAACGGCGUCUCGGAUAUUACCGAAGCCCUUGAGAACAAGAUCCGAGACAUGUGGGAGCUUCUUCAGGCCGAAUUGAGGAAAGAGCGUGAGCUGUUCAUGCAGUUCCAGGACUCUUUCCGUGAGAGGCGGAUUUCUGAUCACGAGACGCUUGAAGAUCAUUUUGCGAAGCUCACUUCGACGAUCAACGAUCGACUCAUUGAGUUCGAUGAGCGGAUCCAUCAGUUCAACGAAAAGCGUGCUGGAUCGCUAUCCAUGCAGCUUGCCGAAACGAUCCGCCACAUCAAGCAGUACCCAGACGCGCUGCGGCAGAUUCAGAUCAAUAUCUCUAAUGCUGAAGCGCGCGUUGCUGCGGUGGAGCAGAAUGCUACUCACCGCAUCGAAGUCAUCAGAUCCGAGAUGAGUCGCGCUCUCUACGAUCAUAAGGAGAGUAACCGAGCUCAUAUCGAUCAGCUGACUGCUCGGAUUCAGCACCUCGAGAACGCUCAUGUCCGCAGAGGCGGUUCUGAUAGAUCGACGCCUUCGCGUCCGGAACGGACGCAGUUCUUCGAUAUCAGUGACCAUGGUGGGGAUAUUCCACGCCCCGCGGACCUGCCGCCAGUUCCAGGUGCUCUAUUCCCUGGCGGACCGACUACGGCCAUUCCGAGGUUUUCCCUGUUGGGUCCGAUCGAUCAUGGCUCUCCGCCGGGAUGCAACGCUGCGCCUGCUGAAAAGGCCUCAACGGUUCACUCUCAGACGAGUGGAAUCAAUCUCGAUGAAAUUCUGAGGUCAAGCCCGACCCUCCCAUGCCAAAUCUCCUAUGAUACUCGAACUGUCCCGGCAGGGAAGGGACCAUCACGAUGGUAUGAUGCGAUGCUUGGCCGGUCAAAUCUCAUUGGCAACAGUGCUGGCGCACCAAUUCUCCAUAGUGAGACCGGUACUUUUACCCUUGCGCCGAACACGAGCGUUACUGCGACGCUUCAGCAUGAUGCAGCCAACGAUGCCAUGCCCCCGAUGCCUACCUUCAGUGCCAGAACGUCCGUUCCUGCACCCAGUGCCGCGCCAUCCGGAUUUGGUGGACCACCGCCCGCGCAUAACGGAGGCGGCGGUUAUUCUGGUGGUGAUGGCCCCAACGAUAAUGGGGGUGCAUAUGGCGGUGGCUUCGGAGGACAUGGACACCACGGGUCCGGUUUUGGCCCCGGUGGCGGUGGUGGCCCACCCGACGGCCCACCUGGUGGUCCGCCUGGUGGUGGUGGCCCUCCUGACGGGAGUGGUCCGCCCGAUGGCGGCCUUGAUCCGCCUAGCAUCAGGCCCUCCGGUCGGCCGAGUGGGAACGAUACGUUCCAGUGCGAGCGAUGCACCGGAACUUUCCCGAUCACCGUGCGACGGUCAUGCAUAUCUUGCCGAUUCUCGUGCUGCAACGGAUGUUGCCGAGAUCCUUUGAGAAUCUGUCUCGUGUGUCUUGAGAGACAGACUGGGAAUCCACCUGGUCCCAACGAUUCGGGAUUCGGUGGACCCAAGGGCGAUGGAUCGCUGAGCGAGGCCAAGAAGGCAAAGUGCAAGUCCUUUCGUCUCGAUCCCGAGCCGGAGCCCGCUCAGCUGCGACGCUGGAUCGUCGAUAUGAAAGAGCGAGUCGCGAACGCAUUCGCCUACGAUCCCGGAUACGCACUCUCAUGGGUUGAGAUUCCCGAUGGUACACGAUAUGAGGAUCUCCUCGAUGAGUGCAAGUACGGAAUGCUUGAAAAUGAAUGCAACUCUGCGUUCCGCGAGUGCGUCCGAUCCAUCGCACUGAAGAAUAAGAUCCGGACCGAGACCGAGCGCAUGCAUACGAUAAACCGGCGACUCGGAAGUAGGCAGAUCUUGUGGCUAUUGUAUGAUUUCCUUCGACCACAUGUUACCGGCGAUUCGACUUUCAAGCUCGUUGACCUGAUGAAGACCACGAUUGAUCGGUUUACUCAUGGAUCCGAGCAGGCAAGGCUGGAAGCCUUCUCCAAUCGGUGGGAUCAUGUUCUCGCUGGUAUCUCAGUCGAUCGCCCCGAAGAUCCUGUUCUUUGCGCUCUCUUUUAUGAGCAGGUGCGUGAGUUCCGCUGUCUCGAGCUCGACAUGCAGCUAUGGGACAGGGACGUAUCCGUACGGAACUACGCAUACUUGCGAACCGUCUGCGUCAAUGCGAUUACAACUUGGCGCAGACGACGCAAUCAGGUCAACGAGGGUCGAGAUCGCCUGGGCGUCGUGACUCCAGAAAAGGGCGAUACUCCCGCAGUCCGGGACGAGCAGCUCCCGCACCGACUCGCCCGAUGUCGCGAUCCCCGCGAGGCAAUGACAGCAUCCUCCUAUGGAGACUUCGCCUUCGCUUGCGUUGCAUCAUUCGAUAUGGCAUGUCCGUCAGUCAAGCGGAAGACAGUAUCGUUUGGGAAUACUGAGACCCGCGUGAUAGAGUCUUCUUUCCCGGAGCCAAACUUCGGUCCCGUCAAUCGCGAGAGGAAUUUGAACUAUUCGUGGCCGGAAGAUAUCCGUGGUCUGAAUAGUGCUCGCGAGAGGCGAAGGGCGCACAUGAAGGCUGUGCUUUGGAGAGAGCAGGUUUUGCUCGAUGACGUUGAUGCCAAAACGCUAGGUAAUGAUGCUUGUGUUCUUGAGCUCACGCUUUCUCAGCGGAGCGCUUGCGAGGUCUUUGCUGCUGCUGUCAAGUCUAUUAAGAGGGUCCGGAGACUAAUGCUCGACUCCGGUUGCGGUAUAGACCUUAUUGGUCUCGGUGAUCUGUCCCGCGAGGAAAGGGACCUGAUAGUUCAGAAUGCUAAGAUCAGCCUUAGGACCGCCAAUGGGAAAACUAACACCAAAGGUGUUGCCCAUAUGCGCAUUGACGGCCUCGAUGAGCUGAUUGAAGCUUAUGUGCUGGAGAGCACACCAAGUCUUCUUUCCCUAGGGAAACGAUGCAAGGAGCUUGGUUACCGAUUUAUCUGGGAACCCUUUUGCGAUCCGAUAUUCUUUGAUCCCAAAGGGAGACAACUCAAGAUUGAUGUUAUCAAUAACAUCCCCUACCUCGCUCCGAGCGAAACCGAGGUAGUCGCGGGUCGACCUGAUCUCCCUCGUGUGUAUCCGGCACUCCCAGCACCGAUCAUUAUUCACGAGAAAAUCGUGGCUGUGGGUGAAGAACCUGUGGGCGAGCUAGACGAUAUCGGAGAGCUCGAUCUUGAUAUGCCUGGUGCUAAGAGUGCCCAGAAAGGAGCGCCUGACGAUGUCACGAAGGGGAGGACGAAUGCCGACACGCUUCGAGCGUUCCAGCAGGUCUUCGGCGACCUUCAGGAUGUGAACUCGUUCUCCAUGGAUGUGGAGAGAAGGUAUGCACCUUCUGCGAUCCGGGAAAUCUACUGUGAUAAAGCCCGUGAGUUCAUAUCGACCUGCAAAAGAGUCGGCAUCUCUGUAAAGCAUUCCACUCCUGGCAUGCCUCGCACUAAUGCCAUUGCCGAGAGCAAGGUGAAGCUUGUCCUUCAUGGCGCACGAGUGGCACUUCGACAAGCGGGCCUGAGCGCCAAAUUCUGGCCUUAUGCGUGUAAGCACUUUUGUCAUGCUCGCAACAUCGAGUUACGCGAAGGACAAAGUGCGUAUUCGCUACGAUUUGAUGGUGCCGAAUUUGACGGUCAGGUUCUCCCAUUCGGAUGUCUUGUAGACUUCUAUCCCACGCCGGCACGAAAACAAACCCGGCGUAGUCAGAAAGAUGAAGUCGUACUCGGCGAUGGUGAGGAAUAUGCCGUACCUGCGCCUGGAGAUGAUGGAUUGGUCGAAGUCGAAGUUGGAUUCGAUGAUGAUGGUUAUCUCGAGUGGAUCGACGAUGGAGAUGACGAUCGAUCUGGAUCCCUCCAAGGACCAGACAUGGAUCAACGCCUAUCAUCCUACCAGCGCCCCAGCAAAUUCUCUCCCACGAGCAAACCCGGCGUGUUUCUGGGUUACCACUUCGAGAAUGGGGCAGGUGGGACGCGCGACGCACUGCGUGCAAGCGUCCAUCAGGUCAAGAAGAUAUACUGCUCACCCAAGGAGCGAUGGACAUUUCCGAUGCUGGCUGUGUACGAUAAACAGACACGAUCAGUGUGCAUCAACGAUCCCGCGAUGCAUUCUAAUGUGCCAAAGCCAAGUGAGCGUCUUGACGCCUCCGACAUGCUCGAUCUCGAAGAUAUCGAUGAAAUCUUCGCCCUUGAUGAGUCAACGCGAAUGACCGAUGAAGAUAUUCGCCAGGCUCGCGAGGCUGAGUUACGAGCAGAGUCCUCUCAUGGAGGAGGUGUUGACUACUGGGAGUAUGAUCCAUCUGUGCACCAAUGGACGUAUCACGUCGUUGUUCCACGGAAAGCGAUGGUUCAUCCCAGUAAGACUCCCGGUUCCGUUGGGGAGUCGCCUGAUCCAUGGAAGCUGAGCACGGUGCGUAUAUCACAUGUCCAAUACAAGGACAGAAGCCCGGUUACGAUCUAUGAGACCGGGUAUGCCUUCGGCAAGACAAGACUCAUGCAGCUCUGGACCGGCACUGUCGAAUUUUAUGAUGACGGCUAUGCCCCACCCAAGAAGAAGUUACCUCCUUACCACGGGUCGGAGAUCCUGGAAGGCGAGGGGGGUUUGCCUUAUCGUCAGAGUGUGCCGCGUUCCGAGCGGGCAUAUAAAGGGUCUCGAAAACCGAACUCUAUUGACUCAGAAUCCUGGCGCAGCAUGAAUCGCGCCGAACGGGAGGGAUACGUAGAGGCUGAGCGCCGAGAAGCUGAGUCUCAUGCCAUGUCCCGAGAGGAUUCUCGCGAUGCCGCUCCUGUCGACAUCGCUUACGAUUCAGAAUAUGAGUCGGGUGCCGAACGACAUGACAAGGAUUACUGGUAUCACGAUGUCGCAGCUGGCACGAUCACCCGAUUUCAUGUGAUCGAACGCCGAGCGCGCUUCAACCCUACUUCCGUCAAAGAUUGUCCCGUUGAUCCUGCAACAUUGACUGAUGUCAGAAUGACUAUGGCCAUGACCGACGGCACCGAGUUCACAUUGCAGGACUCGUGGAGAUCAUCCGAGGCUCGAUCUCUGCCCUGCCGAUGGACUGGAAAGACAGUCUUCGUUAUUGGUUCUUCCGCCAAAACGCAGAUUAAAGUUCGAACCCGUAUGCCGAACACCAAUGACACGGGGCGACGCGUGCAGACUGCCAAUGGCUAUUGUGGACACGCGUUGCGUGCAAAGGGCCGUACGGUUGUGCCUGCCCAAUCUCGCGCCUGUGUCGUUACGGAUCUUGAGUUCGAGCCCCCGGGUGGUAUGUCCGCCCGUCUUCAGCCGCUCCGCGGUAGUGGCCUCGAUGUUUGCCCGGCCAUGUACACAUACAAUGAAGGGGCCACUCAGUCCGGUGUUGACGUCCUCAAUCCUACCGACUACGAUAUUGUAGUCGAGCCCGGACAAGACGUUGCGGUGGUUCAGUUUUACACUUCCGUUUUGGCAGCGGUUGAACUCGAUUUCACCGCAGACGAUGUGGAAGGCGAUGUUUCUGCACCGGUUGAACCAUCCGAUGACGGUCAAUGUUGUUGA